CGCGUCGGUCGUGCGUCGUGACGACGACACGAGGCCCUGGCGUCGUGCGUAGCGUAACAUUCCAUUGAGAAGAAGAGGGAAAGAUGGCGUCCUCUAACAAUCCGCGCAAAUUUAGCGAAAAAAUCGCUUUGCAUAAUCAGAAGCAGGCGGAGGAGACCGCUGCGUUUGAAGAAGUGAUGAAGGACUUGAACAACACCAGAGCCGCUCGGUUGCAGUUGCAGAAGACCCAGUAUUUGCAACUAGGGCAGAAUCGUGGACAGUACUAUGGAGGCUCACUGCCCAAUGUCAAUCAGAUUGGGAAUGGCAACAUUGACCUGCCUUUUCAGAACUCUGCGCUGGACACCAAUCGGACAAGCAGGCACCAUGGACUUGUGGACCGUGUUUACCGCGAUCGAAACCGCAUCACGUCUCCUCACCGUCGCCCGCUGUCGGUCGACAAACACGGUCGCCAGAUUGACAGCUGUCCCUACAGUUCAGUUUACCUCUCUCCACCGCCAGACACAAGCUGGAGAAGGACGAAUUCGGACUCCGCCUUACACCAGAGCGCCAUGAACCCGAAGCCCCAGGAGGUGUUUUCAGGAGGAUCACAGGAGCUGCAGGCCAAAAGAGUGAUGCUCCUUACGGUGCCUGGGACGGAAAAUUCAGAGUCAGAUGCAGACAAGGAUGCUCAGAAACAGCUGUGGGAUGAAAAGAAGGAUGAUGCAUCCCAGCCUAAUACAUGUGAUGUCCCAGGGAUCAAUAUAUUUCCAUCACCGGACCAGGAGUUAAGCCCAUCUGUGGUCCCAGCUGCACACAACACUGGGGGUUCCCUGCCGGAUCUGACUAACAUCCAGUUCCCCCCUCCGCUGUCCACCCCACUGGACCCCGAGGACACCGUGUCCUUCCCCUCCGUCAGCUCAGCCAACAGCACGGGCAGCCUGACCACCAACCUGACCCACCUGGGCAUCAGCGCUGCCAGUCACGGGAUCACCACGCCCUCUCAGCCUUCUAUGACCGUAUCGGCCCAGCGCAGGCAGCCACCCGUGGUGCCACUAACUCUCACAUCGGACCUCCACCUCCAACAGUCCCCUCAACAUUUCUCACCCACGCUGUCUUCGCCCAUUAACAUUACACAGGCUUUGCAAACAGAGACGUUAACUCUGGAACAGCAGCUUUCCCAGUACCCCCUGUUCAACCAGCUGACGCCUCAGGCCCAACUUCAGCUACUCAACGACCUCCAGCAGCAGCCGAUGCUGCCACAGGGCAUCCAGCUCAUCGCUUUGCCAACUCCGACCUCAUCUGGGACAACCAGCGCAAGCAGCCCCUCCCCGGACAGCCAAACCACUGCCAGCAUGAGUAUCAGCUCGUAUCGCAAUCAGACUGGCUCACCAGCCACUCAGUCUCCAACCUCCCCAGUCUCCAAUCAAGGCUUCUCCCCUGGAGGCUCGCCUCAACACAUUCCUGUGGUGGGUAGUAUAUUCGGUGACUCCUUCUAUGAUCAGCAGCUGGCAUCGAGGCAGACCAAUGCGCUCUCUCACCAGCUCGAGCAGUUCAACAUGAUCGAGAGUCCCAUCAGCUCGGCCAGCCUUUUCAGCCAAUGCUCCACCCUCAACUACACACAGGCGGCCAUGAUGGGCCUCACCGGGAGCAGCCUACAGGACUCGCAGCAGCUCAACUACAGUAGCCAUGGCAACAUCCCCAACAUCAUCUUAACAGUCACAGGCGAGUCCCCGCCCAGCCUCUCCAAAGAGCUGACCAACUCUCUGGCGGGCGUCGGCGACGUCAGCUUCGACGCCGACUCCCAGUUUCCCCUGGACGAACUGAAGAUAGAUCCACUCACCCUGGACGGACUGCACAUGCUCAACGACCCCGACAUGGUGCUCGCCGACCCCGCCACAGAAGACACGUUCAGGAUGGACAGGCUGUAGCGCGACCGUUGUUCGGGAGCAAAGAGGGGAAAAGACAAAACACUAACGUGAGUGAAGAGAAACAAAGGGCAGGAUGAACCCUCUCCCUCGUUGCAUGGCCGUCCAGCCGGAUGACUCUUUGUAAGAAGCGCCAUACAAAAAAAAAAAAACACACACACACAACGGGGAAAAAGUCGUCCAUUGGCUUGCAACUGGAAUGGCCUCGCUGUUGUUUUUGAAUAAGAUUGGUCGCUCGGCGCUUUUGCUAGCCUCUUGUUUACAGUGCUUCAUUACAUGCCACAUACAUUUAAAAAAAAUGCACAUCACAGAGGUUUUCUUUUCAUAUCCACAUUUGUUUUAGUCAUAUUUGCUUGUAGCUGGAAGCUGCUAGGUAAAAAAAAAAAAAUGUUUUUUUUGCUACGUCUAAAAGAGGAGGAAAAGAAACGACAUAGCCGGUUUCCUCACUACCCCCUCAAAGAAACACGUUAGCCUACCAUAGCAUGAUGACUUUCUUCUUAACACUCAAAGCUUUAUUUUUUGACAACCAAAUGUUAUUUUCAUCUUGUAUGAUAUGUUUUUUUUAUGCUUUGUUUAUUUAUGUUUUAUUUAUUUAUUUAUUUAUCGGUCAAAGGUUUGAUAUUUCAUAACGUAAAUAUGAUGCCAAAAUGUCUGUAGGCAGAGUGUAAAAUUCCACUAAUGUAAUUAAUUACAAACGUCCGUGUUUUUGUUUGUUUUUAAGCUUCUGCUUGGUUAAUGAAGGAGUGCAAAACCUCCCCAUAGUUGCUCUUUCGGUGUUAGGUGUGCCAUUAUCUAACGUUGAUGUGCUGCAGUCCAACAAGCAAAUCCAGAAAUCAGUUCUUAGCGUCACUUCAGGGCGUCUUUACCGGGAUCACCACUCUCUGACAGUCAUCGGGAGAUUCAAUUGAACCAAAACACGAGAAAAGUGCAUCGAAAUUCCUUCUCAGCAAGAAAAAAAAAAAAAAAAAGCCAACGGAUACAUUAUAUUAGCAAAAGUAUUCUCUUGGCCAUCUAAAUCGCUGAAUUCGAGUCUUUCCAGUCACCUCCAUGACCGCAGGAGCAUGAAGUCCGGGACGUAGGCAUGCAGACCGCUUCUAUGUGGCGGAGUGAUGAGAUGCUACCUGUGCAAUACGUCUAGUUGGGAUAUUUCUAGUGGAAUUAUAAAAUUAUAUGGAAGCAAUUCAGUCAGAAUUGGGAAAACACACAAGAAGCACAGUGUGCUCAGGUCAGCUAACUUUGAAAACAAGGUUAAAGGUUUCUAUGGCUGAACAGCUGCAUCCAAUCAUUACAUCCUUAACUGCGACGUAAAGCAGCGGAUGCAGUGGUGUAAAGCAUGCCCCGACUGGACUCUAGAGCUGUGGAGACGGUUUUUAUGUUCGAGUGACAAACCAUAACCGCUGGACAAUACAGUGGAACAGUCUGGGGUGCGCUAGUUUCCAGGAGAGCGACGCUAGCUUGUCUGUGUCGUGUCGGGUGUGAAGUUUAGUGAAAGUCGAGUUUAGUUGUAUAGCACAUUUCAGCAACAAGGCGGUUCACAGAUCUUUACAUCACGAACACCUAAAAACAAGAUAAACGCAUCGAAACGGUCACUGGAAGGAACUCGCUUUCGCUUUAGACAAGUUAACGCUCCCAGUUAUGAGGGGAAAGUUGUGAGCUCAGUACAAAGAAAAAAAAAAAAGAAAUGGAGUAGCAAGAAGAACAUGGCUGGCCUGCACAUGUUCCUCACCUCAACCGUUAGGACGAAUGUGGCGGCGUUGAGCCGAGUCUUGUCGUCCCAAUAGUGUCUAGCUCCACAAACUGGCUUCUGGGGGUGUGGUCAAAUAUUCGUACGAACCCAGAACAGAGGAAGCUGCUGUAGCUGCAGCGGCCGACGUGCUAAACCUGCGAACCAACAAUGGGAUGUCACUCAAGGGAAUACUUAUGGCAAUAUAGUGUAGAAUUGCGUAUAUUUAAGCUGAGGAGCUACCAUUUGCUUUUAAACCAGAGAACAUUCAAAUCUGAAUAUCUUUUCAGUCACUGUGAAAUCACCUGAUUUUGCCUUACAGUAACACUCUACUGUUCUACUUCAGUGUUUAAUGUGACAGCUUAUUUUCCUAACUGAAUAUAUGACCUUUUUCUUGUAUUUGAGACGAACUUUGGUCGGUGAUCUUUGUGGUUAUGUAAAGUUUAACAAAUCGAUGUACUGUAUUUUGUAGCUGUACACUUUAUAACCAAAUUGUCCUGUUUUUUUUUUGUUUUUGUUUUUUUUUAAGUGGGGCAAAAACAAAACAGGGAAACACAAAAUGGCCAAGAAGCGAUUUUUAAAGGGUGCAAUUAUGGGGAGGCUUUUUGCUCCUUUUUACAGGGGGUCUGAACGCAGCUGAAAGUUAAAUGCAGAGAGAUGAUUCACGAGUCAAAGUGAAAUGUCGUUUUAAGAUGCAAUCUUAGAUUUUAUGAGGUUUUAUGAACUUUUAUCGUAGAAUGUUUAUAUCCUCCGCUUAGAUGAGGUGCAUAAAAGCUAGCUAGAGAUCUCCUUGAGAAAGACUCUUAAGUGUAAUUCUGUAAAAUGUGCAAUGUUUCAAAAACCCUUAAAUCUGCCUUGCUCAUUCAGUCUCAGAAGCCCUGAGAAAUGGCUUAAAAAAAAAAACAAAAAAAAAAAACCUUCGAAAAUCUUUCAAGCCAAAACUGUUCACAUUGUCAUCUACAAUGAGUUCGGAUCUUUGUUGCCAAAACGUUUCCCGGUCGCACGGCUGGCGUUGACAGUACCCUCACAUCCAGUGCCAACUGAUCCGCCUCAGCCUUUUUGUCAGAGUUUCCCUAAAAAAGGCUUCUGUAGAUUCUUUGGGAUAAUUAUUGGCAAACUGUAAAUGUUUGGGUGCAAAUGUAUUGAUUUUUUUUUUUUUUUUUUUUUUUUUACUGACUGUCCAAACACACCUGAGAUGGGUAUUACACGUGGUACAGCUGGAUGGGUUGUAACGUUUUGAAGCGUUCAUUGUGUCCUGUAAAAAGCUCCAUCAGCGGUUUUGUUUGCCUUUAACACACCCCGACUCCUAUGCAAACGAGAUGACAAGAAAAAAACAAAACUGGAACUUAAAGGAAAAAUCCAACUUUUUCCACACAGUAUGCUCAGCUGGAUUUGGUCUUCUGGACCCUGACAAAGGACGCGUUUUUACUGACCAUAGAUGCACGUACCUCCUGUUAAAGCUUUGAAAGGCGUGUGGUCAUCAUGGGCGGCCUUUCUCUGAGAUGUUUAUUUGGUCAAAUCUCAGACAAAUAUGUAAUGGGCGUACCUUUAAAAAAAAAAAAUUGAAAAUAAAAAGUGAAUUUAGACGUGCGAGCAUGGGACAGGAGAGUGUUUGGUGGCGGUAUGACAAUCAAAGACCAAAAUUGCAUUUUGAAAUGUUGAUAAAAGGAAAAGGUCUCCACACUGAAGCAUAAAUCCAGCUUUAAAUCGAUGCUUGAGGUUGCCUUCAUUUUCUUAAUGCUUAUUGCAUUGCUGCAAAUCCUUUCUUCUUAUGGACUUUAGGGCUGCUCGCUUAUGAAAAACAAAAAAAACAUGAAUAUAUAUGAUUUGAGUUUGACAACACUGCAUUUGUUGCACAAGCUAUUGUUUUGAUUGCCCUUUUUUUUUGUCAUAGUUUUCUGAAUUUAGUGUUUUAGAUCAUAGCCAAUCUUUUGUCACUCAAAACUUGUCUAAUCAAAUAGUUGACAUAAAAAUAUCCCGUAUUUCAGCAAUGUCAUUAAAUUAUAGUGGAAAAACACAGCUAAACAGUGAGCUGCAGCGACCGAUACAGUCUCUGUCACGUUCUUUGAUUGUAAAAAUCGGGACAGAGGUUGGAAAGCCUUGUAGCUCCGCGAUAUUCCUUUUACAGGGGAUUCCUCCCUCUCAGUUUUAUGAAGUCAGGGAAAGGGGAAUGUGUCAAAGUAAUUUGAAUAAUCGUUUUCAUCAUUUUUCUGGUUUCUGUGAUCUUUCCGAGCCAAAAUUGAAAUAAUUUGAUGAAUUCGACAUCCCCUUUGGACAGACAGCUGAUAACUAGGUUUAGCAACCAGUGGUUGUUUAAGAUUCGACCCGAUCUACAAAAAUACAAAUAUACUUACCUGAAACUGACUCCAUAAAUAAUGUUGGAUUUUUUCUUUAAGCAAUAAAAAAAAAAUAUGUGCAGAUGUUCUGUUUCCAAAGGUUUGCGUGCAUAAGAAGACUUUACUGUUGUGAUGCCAGUGAUUGGUGACACGUUUUUGUCCUCCCCCCCCUCACCCCGUCCCUCAUCCUGCUGAAGUCAUUCAAACGGACUUUGUACAUAAAGCUGCAACAAAAUGCAUGCCUAAAGCGACAGUCCAGACCUCUGAACGAAGGCCUUCUAUAGCUCUGCAGGUUUAAUUUGUGUAACUUUAUGCUGACACGGUCUAAAGGGAUGCAUGUUAUGGGUUUCUUCCUGUGCUGCAGUGAACUCCUGUAAAGUGACUCUAUUACCUCCAUUUCUGGACAAUGCUACUUCAUGAAUGAUAAAAGAAUGUAACUCCUGUGGCGGUGUUGUGGAUUUAGCCCAAUGAGCUGACGUUUGGGUCCUUCACACCAGGUCAAGCCCCCCCUCCCCCCCCUCCCCUUCCCCACAUGACGAAACUGACUGUUGCUUGUGCCGCUCUCUCUCUCUCUUCAUGCCGUAUCAUCUCUCUGCAUACGUCGAUUGUGAAAGCCCCUUUCUCAGUCAAAUCAGAGGUCCUACCCUGUAAAUGCUCCAGAUCGGCACGCGCGCUCUGAUUGUUCGAAUUUGUGGACCUCUGAAGCAUCUACAUUAUGCAGCCAGCAGCAUGACAUGAUAUGUGACACGUUAGGCAGAUCCGUAUCCCACGCUAUGUACUGCCUGUUCAUAUUGCAACGCUAACGUGCCGCUUGUUUUUGAGACGUUCGGUUCUUUUCUGAUGUUGCCUACCAUGUUUGGUUCUGGGCUGGAUACAGUGAACUGUUUCUGUUAUUGUGCAAUGUUUUAGUCCACUGGUUGCUUCGCACUUUAACUGUGACUCCCUGAGACGUUUGAGCUGGGACUGUUCGGCCCGAUGUGAAUGCUGACUGUUUCACAGCAGAGAUAUUUUAAUGUAAAACAAAAGAUGGAUGCUCUAUUUUCCUUUUGGGAACUUUGGCUUGUCUUGUGUUUUUGUUUCUGUUUUAAAACCUGUUAAACUUGUAGAAGAUGCAAAAUCAGAAAGGGCUUAUUCUGGUGCCGUUUACACUCCAAUGUUGGAACUGAACGAAGGGCAUCGCUUUUAUGCUCCCACUCUUCUAUGUUCCCCAGUUUUAUAAAAAGGAGCCCGAUGAAGAAUGUGCGGUGAGGAACACGCUGUAGAUUCAAAUUGUCCACCUUUGCAUUCUCUGUUGAAGGAGAUUUUAGAUCGCAUCCAUAUAUUAGUCCAAAAAAAAA